UCACCCCAUUCCAUGUCGCCGCUACGCCACCGCGCGCUCGCCCGCUUCCUCCCCUCCGCCUCCCUCCUCCUCCUCCUCUUCCUCUUCGUCACCAGCUACCUCGACUUCUCAUCCCUCUCCUCCACCUCCUCCUCCUCCGCAAUGGCCGUAGCCAGGCCAGUCCGCGAUCCCGCCCUCCAGAGGCGGGCCGAGCCCCGCACCGACCUCGCGGCCGCCUUCGCGAGAUGGGACGAGGAGGUUGGCUGCGAUCGGUUCCGCGACAAGCACCGCAACUGGACAGCCGACCCGUCGGCGAUCCAGGACGCCGAGGCAGGCGACUGCUCGACGCUCGGCGCCUCCCACAUCAGCGUUCUGGUGAAGGGGUGGACUUGGAUUCCCGACGAGACGGACAACCUGUACUCCUGCCGCUGCGGCAUGACUUGUCUCUGGACCAAAUCCGCCGCCCUCGCCGACAAGCCCGACGCCGUGUUCUUCGAGUGGAAAACGCCUCCAAAGACGAGGCGAAAGGGUGAACCACUUCGUGUUUACAUGGAUCUCGAAGCCAGCAGGCAACCAACAGGAUCGGAAGACAUAUUUGUUGGAUUCCAUGCCAAGGAUGAUGUUCAAUGCACAUAUGCUGGAUCCAUGUUCCAUAAAUUCCGGAGUUACUAUGUCUCCUCCAAGAAAAGAAACGAUGUUCUUGUUUACUGGUCUUCGUCGAAGUGCUACCAACACCGAACUGAACUUGCAGAAAAGUUCUUUGCUCACAUCUCGCAUCACUCCUUGGGAAGCUGCUUGAACAACGUAGGGGGCAGAGACGCCGCCAUUUCCUUGUACCCCGAGUGCAGGAUGGAGCUGACUGCCGAGCCACAUUGGUGGGAUCAUCUGCACUGUGCCAUGUCGCAGUACAAGUUCGUCCUCGCCAUCGAGAACACCAUGGCGGAGAGCUACGUCACCGAGAAGCUCUACUAUGCUCUGGAUGCUGGUUCGGUGCCGAUCUACUUUGGGGCGCCGGACGUGCAAAGCUUCGUCCCUCCGCAUUCCAUCAUAGAUGGAUCCAAGUUUAGGUCCAUGGAAGAGCUGGCGACGUACGUGAAGGCUGUGGCAGAUGACCCGGUGGCUUACUCGGAGUACCAUGCUUGGAGGAGGUGUGGUGUGAUGGGCUACUACGGGAGGAACCGUGCCGCCUCUCUUGAUACGCUGCCGUGCCGGUUAUGUGAGUACGUGAGCAGGAAAGGUGGAAGAGGUGCUGAAUGAUAGGAUGCCCCGAUGAAUCCUCUAACAGAUGGUAAAGAUAGAUGAUAGAAACAGAUAUCACAAGUCAAUCUUACGAUUAGUAUCUUAUUUCAUGUCUCAA